AUGCCGAGUUAUGCAAAAUUCUUGAAGGAUAUCCUGUCUAACAAAAGGAAGCUGGAAGAACAUGAGACUGUCUGCCUAAACGAGGAGUGCAGUGUAAUUCUAUUGAAAAAGCUACCUCCUAUACUAAAUGACCCAGGGAGUUUUACAAUAUCUUGCACAAUUGGUUCUAACUAUUUUGAGCAUUCUUUAUGUGAUUUAGGUGCCAGUGUUAAUUUGAUGCCCCUCUCUAUUUACAGGUCUCUUGGAUUAGGAGAAACAAAACCUACAACCAUCUCUUUGCAAUUGGCUAACAGAUCGAUCAAACGACCGAAGAGGAUUAUUGAAGAUGAGAUAGUUAAAGUUGAUAAAUUUAUUUUUCCUGCUGAUUUCAUCAUUUUGGAAAUGGAGGAGGAUUCAAACAUCCCUCUAAUCUUGGGAAGACCCUUCUUGGCUACUGGAAGAGCACUGAUUGAUGUUUACGAUCGAAAGAUGAUUUUUCGGGUGGACAAUGAGCAAGUCAUAUUCAACAUGUUCAAGGCGAUGAAACAUCCACUGACUUUAGACACCUGUUGCCAAGUAGAUGUUCUUGAAGUGUUGGUGGCAGAUACAUUUGAGACAGAGCAUCAAACAGUUCUUUGUAAAGCAAAAAUUGCACAAUCAGGAGUAAUAAGUGCAGAAAAAACUGAAUUACCUUCAUUGGAAAAUGCACCUAUUCUUGAACUAAAGCCCUUGCCUUCACAUCCCCAUUAUGCAUAUUUGGGAGAAUCUACAACAUUUCCUGUAAUCAUUGCAAAUGACAUGACAAUGGAAGAGGAGAUUAAAUUGUUGGAGUGCAUGUUGUGCCAAAAAAGGGUGGAAUCAAGUGGAGAACAACGAGCUGAUACCAACACGGUUAGUGACAGGAUGGAGAGUAUGUAUAGAUUACAGAAAGCUAAACAAUGCAACCAGAAAAGAUCAUUUUUCAUUGCCAUUCAUUGGUCAGAUGUUGGAGAGGUGGCUGGUCAUUCUCAUUACUGCUUUCUGGGCGGAUAUUCUAGGUACAAUCAGAUAGUUAUUGCUCCAGAAGAUUAG